UGCAACGCGGCCCGAUAUGUGUAGGUUUUUGUGAAGUUUAUCAGUAGCUCUUGUUAGCUAGGUUAUGAAUCCAGGAGGUUGGUUGACAAUGCACAGAAUGGCGGAGUACACGACGUUAGAAAGCCUCCUGGAGAUGGGUUUCGAAAGAAACAGAGCGGAGAAGGCUGUAGCACACACUGGCAACCAGGGCAUUGAGAGAGCUAUGGACUGGCUGAUGGAACACGAGAAUGAUCCAGACAUAGAUGAGCCGUACGUGCCACCAACAGGGAAUGUUCUAGGCUCAUCAGAACAAGAAAGCCUGUCCCAGCCUGCAUCUGAACCCACUGAGUCUGCUGAGGAGACAUUUGAAACGGAAGAUGGCAAACGACCAAUGACAGAAGAGGAAAAGAAAGAACAAAUAAAGAGGCUUGAGGAGUUGAUGAGGGUGAAGCAGGAGGAGAGGAGAGAACGGGAGCGACAGGAGGAGGUGGAGAGGGAGAAACAAAGGAGGAAACAUGGCCAGGAGCUGCAGCAGGUCCGACAGAAGCUGCAGGACGAUGAAAUGAAGCAGCUGGCUGAACAGCGCAGAAGAGAGAAAAUGGAGGACAGAAUGGCCAAGCAAAGAGUCAAAGAGAAGAUUGCACGCGACAGAGAAGAGAGAGCACGCAAGUUUGGCGGCAGCUCUUCGAGUACAGCCUCAACAUCUCCUCCAUCUGAGGCCACUCCUCAGUCUCCUGAGAACCAGGGCCCUCCCCCAGCCAAGAAAGACUACGAUGAAUGUCGGAUACAGGUUCGUCUGUUGGACGGCUCUGCACUGAUGGCAGUCUUUAAGGCCCAGGAACCUCUGGCUGCAGUGCGAGUGUAUGUACAGAUGAACAGUUCUGAGGGUGAGGACUUUACCCUCCUGUCCCCUUAUCCCCGCCGUGUCUACACUGACCUUGACAUGGAGAAACCUCUACAAGAGCUGGGUUUGGUGCCUUCUGCUGUCCUUGUGGUUGCAAAGAAGUAAAAGGCAGAAUAGUUUUAUCAACGUUCUUCCACCCUUUCUCAUACGGUCAACAGAAGACAAAACGGGUUACAAUCAUAGACUGGAUUUGAUUUUAUACCUGUCGGUCGUUUACGCAGUCGAACAGGCCUUAAUGGGUAACACAAUACAAUAUAUAUUGGCACUGACAACAGCAGAGUUAGGUCAACAGUCAAAAUUCUGCUUCUCAUCCUUAUUUCAGUGACUCUGCUGUGUAUUAUGUCUUAAAACCUUUGAAAUAAAUGUGUUUUUUGGCCACUGUAAAUAAAAUGCUCUUACCCAUUACA